AUGAUUGACUUGAUCCACCUCCAAGCUGAUAAAGGAGGUAAUCCUGAUAUCGUUCGUGAAUCUCAGAAGAAAAGAGGAGCCAGUGUAGAGUUGGUAGAUGAAGUCAUUGAGAUCUUCUCAGCUCACAAAGGAGCACAAUUCGAGAAAGAAGGAGUCCAACGUGAAUUGAAUGCCCUUCAAAAGGAGAUUGGUCAAAUCAAAAAAGCCAAAGGGGAUGCUUCCGAACUCUUGAGCAAGAAAGCUGUAUUGGAUAAGAAGAUCUCAGAAUUGACGAACAAAACUGCUGAACUCAUUGCGUUGAGAGACAAAAAGGCUGGUUUGAUCGGAAAUAUCGUUGAUGAAGCAAAUGCUGUUUCCAUGAAUGAGGACGACAACCCCAUUUUACGAGUAUGGCAUCCUGAGCCCAACCACAAAGGUAAUUCAGGUACUGGAUUAGCACUCGAGGAUAAAUCUACCGAUGUUCUUUCUCAUCACGAAGUAUUAUAUCGACUUGAAGCUUAUGAUACCGAACGAGGAGUAAAAGUAUUCGGACAUCGUGGAUUCUACUUGACAAAUGAUGGUGUUGACCUGAAUCAAGCUUUGAUCAAUUAUGGAUUAGAUUUCUUGAGAAAGAAGACUUAUAAAAAAGUUCAACCUCCCUUCAUGAUCAAGAAGGAUAUUAUGGCUGCCACUGCUCAAUUAUCCGAAUUCGACGAAGCUCUUUACAAAGUUUCAGGUGAUUCAGAUGAUAGAUAUUUGAUUGCAACCUCAGAACAACCCAUCUCAGCUAUGCAUAUGGAUGAGAACAUCCCCAAUCAAAAUUUACCUUAUAGAUACGCAGGUUACUCAACUUGUUUCAGAAAAGAAGCUGGAUCUCACGGAAAGGAUACUUGGGGUAUCUUCAGAGUUCAUCAAUUUGAAAAAGUUGAACAAUUCGUCAUCUGUGAACCCGAAAACUCCCCUGCCGAGCUCGACCGAAUGGUAGAAACUUCUCGAGAGUUCUACGAAUCCCUAGAAAUCCCUUACAGAGUAGUCAACAUCGUCUCAGGUGCUUUGAACAACGCCGCUUCCAUCAAAUACGAUCUAGAAGCUUGGUUCCCUUUCCAAGGUGAAUACAAGGAACUAGUCAGUUGUUCAAACUGUACAGAUUACCAAUCAAGAUCACUCAAUGUUAGACUCGGUUACAAGACCAAGGAUACCAAAGUCGGUUUCGUACAUAUGUUGAAUGGUACUCUGUGUGCUACCGAAAGAGCCUUAUGUUGUAUUGUUGAGAACUACCAGACUCCAGAGGGUCUGAGAGUUCCAAAAGCGUUGCAACCAUACAUGCAAGGUAGAGAAUUCUUACCUUACACCGCAGAGUUACCGAAAGGAACCACCAGUCAAAAGCAAAAGAAGUAG